GGUCGCGGGUUCACAAUCCCUAGCCUCCUCUUUCCAUAGUUUUAUUUUCUUCCGGGGUUUAGGAUUCCGGUGAAGUCUUCUCAUCGGAUCCUAGUUUUUCUUCACGUUAGGGUUUCUAGUAGGAUGGGUACAGAGAGGAAGAGGAAGGUAAGCUUGUUCGAUGUGGUGGACGAGACUACGGUCUCAAAGAUUUCGAAGACCAAUGGUGUGGGAGCAGCGAUGAACAACAGCGGAGUCAAUAGCCUGGUGAAUCCGUGGACUGGGCGGUCGUAUUCCCAGAGGUACUAUGAGAUUCUGGAGAAGAGGAGGACUUUACCAGUUUGGCACCAGAAAGAGGAGUUCUUACAGGUCUUGACGGCGAACCAGGUCGUUGUACUUGUUGGUGAGACUGGUAGCGGCAAGACAACACAGAUUCCUCAAUUUGUAUUGGAUGCUGUGGAGACGGCAACUCCUGAUAAGCGCCGGAAAAUGAUGAUUGCAUGCACACAACCUCGUAGGGUGGCUGCAAUGUCUGUUUCGAGACGUGUCGCUGAGGAGAUGGAUGUAACUAUUGGGGAAGAAGUUGGUUACAGCAUUCGUUUUGAAGAUUGCAGUAGUUCAAAAACAGUUUUAAAGUAUCUGACUGAUGGUAUGCUUCUAAGAGAGGCGAUGACAGAUCCGCUGUUGGAACGUUAUAAAGUGAUAGUUCUCGAUGAGGCUCAUGAAAGGACAUUGGCAACUGAUGUUCUGUUUGGCUUGCUGAAGGAAGUGCUGAAGAAUAGACCUGACCUGAAGCUCGUUGUGAUGAGUGCUACUCUUGAGGCUGAAAAGUUUCAGGGAUAUUUUAAUGGUGCACCUCUUAUGAAGGUUCCUGGUAGGCUUCACCCAGUGGAGAUAUUCUACACCCAGGAACCUGAAAGGGAUUAUCUGGAGGCUGCAAUUAGGACUAUUGUGCAGAUACACUUGUGUGAACCGUCGGGAGACAUACUUGUUUUCCUUACUGGAGAAGAGGAGAUUGAAGAUGCAUGCCGAAAAAUCAGUAAAGAAAUUGCAAAUUUGGGGGAUCAAGUGGGGCCUGUGAAAGCAGUGCCUUUGUAUUCUACUCUUCCUCCAGCUAUGCAACAGAAAAUAUUUGAUCCUGCUCCUCCUCCACUAAAUGAGGGUGGUCCCCCAGGAAGAAAGAUUGUGGUGUCAACAAAUAUUGCAGAAACUUCUUUGACCAUAGAUGGCAUUGUUUAUGUCAUUGACCCUGGUUUUUCUAAACAAAAAGUCUAUAAUCCACGUGUGCGUGUUGAAUCGUUAUUGGUGUCUCCAAUAUCAAAGGCAAGUGCACAUCAGAGAUCAGGGCGUGCUGGAAGAACUCAGCCAGGCAAAUGUUUCAGGCUUUACACCGAGAGAAGUUUCAAUAAUGACCUCCAGCCACAGACCUAUCCGGAAAUACUGCGUUCGAACCUUGCUAACACUGUUCUCACUUUGAAAAAACUUGGAAUUGAUGAUCUGGUGCAUUUUGAUUUUAUGGAUCCCCCGGCCCCUGAGACAUUGAUGAGAGCACUAGAGGUUUUGAAUUACUUGGGAGCAUUGGAUGAUGAGGGGAACUUGACAAGGUUAGGGGAAACAAUGAGUGAAUUUCCUUUAGAUCCUCAGAUGUCAAAGAUGCUCGUUGUUAGUCCUGAAUUCAAUUGUUCAAAUGAGAUUUUGUCAAUUUCAGCAAUGCUUUCAGUACCCAAUUGCUUUAUCCGGCCUAGGGAGGCACAAAAAGCUGCUGAUGAAGCGAAAGCAAGAUUUGGGCACAUUGAUGGGGAUCACCUCACUCUUCUGAAUGUAUACCAUGCAUACAAGCAGAAUAAUGAAGAUCCCUCUUGGUGCUAUGAAAACUUUGUCAAUCACAGGGCUAUGAAGUCUGCAGACAAUGUUAGACAACAGCUUGUCCGUAUUAUGGCUAGGUUUAACCUCAAGUUGUGCAGCACCGAUUUCAACAGCCGUGAUUACUACAUCAAUAUAAGGAAGGCCAUGCUUGCUGGAUAUUUCAUGCAGGUAGCUCACCUGGAACGGACGGGACACUACUUAACUGUGAAAGACAACCAAGUGGUGAAUUUGCAUCCUUCAAAUUGCCUUGAUCAUAAGCCAGAGUGGGUAAUUUAUAACGAGUAUGUCCUCACUAGCAGGAAUUUUAUCCGUACUGUGACAGAUAUCCGUGGUGAAUGGUUGGUUGAUAUAGCACCACAUUACUAUGACAUUGAGAACUUCCCCCAAUGUGAAGCUAAGCGUAAACUUGAGAAGCUUUACAAGAAGAGGGAGGAGAACAAGGGCAAAAAAUGAAUUACAGUUACUGUUCGGAUUCAGUACUCUAAUAGACGGGAAGACUUGUGGCUUUCACAUUGAUGGAAGCUUUUUAUUCUCUCCCUUACAGGGUGGUACAAAAUAGCCAAAUUUUAUGUACCAUUUCUUAAAUUUGGGGGUUCAGGUAACUAUUUAUCCUGUAAUUUAAGAUCGACAUAUCCACAUUUGCUUUUAGUCGUUGACGUUUGAAGGAAAAGGGAUUUUAUUCUCUGGAU